GUGGCCUUGCCAGCGCACUACAGGUUGGGGCGAGGCGAGGCGCGGCGGGCGUUCCCGCUUGUCUGAGGAAGCAAGAGAGCCGUCCGUGCCACGGCCAGGCUGCACGGCGGCGGGCGCCGUACUCAGCGCGCCACAGACACCCUUGCUGCCGGCCCCGACGGCCGCUCUCUCCCGCCGCCGCCGCCUUGGGACCUCGGCGGUGCUCUGACUGUCCCUGGUGGCUCAGGAGGCAGGAACACAUGGAGCAGCCCGAGCUGUUGUGGGUGAACCGCAGCUGCGUCGACGGUUCAUUGUUCACUCUGACUUGCCUGUCUGGUCAGGCUGUCUGUCAGGUUGUGGAGAACGUUAGCUCAACCCUCUCACCUCAUGAGAACUUCACCUUAAACAGUAACUGGACAGUGCAGAUAGAAAACAAAUAUGGCUUCUAUAUUGGCUUGGCCUUGGCCAUCAUGUCCAGCUUCCUUAUUGGCAGCAGUGUCAUCCUCAAGAAGAAAGGACUGUGUCGGCUUGUGGAGAAAGGAGGCACCAGGGCAGGGGAUGGAGGUCAUGGCUACCUAAGAGACUGGCUGUGGUGGGCCGGUUUGCUCACUAUGGGUGGGGGAGAAGCCGCCAACUUUGCUGCUUAUGUCUUUGCACCUGCCACAAUCGUUACUCCACUCGGAGCACUGAGUGUGCUAAUAAGUGCCAUUUUGUCGUCCUAUCUGCUUGGAGAGCGGCUGAACCUCCUGGGCAAACUGGGUUGCAUGCUAAGCAUUCUGGGUAGCACUGUCCUCGUGAUUCAUGCUCCAGAGGAAGAGGAAGUCACCACUCUGAAUGAAAUGGCUUCUAAACUGAAAGAGCCAGGUUUCCUUGUUUAUGCUAGCAUUCUAUUGGUGAUCUGCCUGGUUCUGAUCUUCUUUGUAGCACCACGUUACGGCCAGACGAAUAUCCUUGUCUACCUCACCAUCUGCUCUCUGAUUGGGGCUUUUUCCGUGUCUUCAGUCAAAGGGCUGGGCAUUGCCAUCAAGGGCUUUUUUGCUCAUCAGCCUGUUCUGCAGGACCCACUGACUUGGAUCCUUGUUCUUACGUUAGUGGCCUCUCUCACUACACAAGUCAACUACCUCAAUAAGGCUCUGGACAUUUUCAGUACCUCCAUGGUUUUUCCCAUCUACUAUGUGCUGUUCACCACCAUUGUCAUCACAACAUCUGUCAUCCUCUUUAAAGAGUGGGUCACCAUGUCUGUAGUGGACAUUAUUGGGACAAUAUGUGGAUUCCUUAUCAUUAUUUUAGGAGUGUUUUUACUCAACGCCUUCAAAGAUAUGGACAUCAGCUUGAGGACCCUGCCACAAACACUUCAGAACUGCGACGAGGCUCCAGUGGUUAAGGAUGACAAGAACAUCCUGAUAGAGCUGGAUGGUCCAGAUGCCAAGGAUGAUAGCAAGCCAAAAGUAUUUAUGAUCUACAGUUGAAACUUAAAAUAAACCCUGGAGCCACAGGGACUGGGACUAAAACAUUAAGGGAUCUAUAUCUGUGACCAAGACUAUGCAUGAUAUGAAAUGUUUCCUUGUGCUUCAGAAAAUGGAAACCAGCUUCAACACAAUGAGCUGCCUUCCUUCCAGUUUCUAUACAGUGAUUCCUUCUUUCCAUCCUUGGAACAACAAAGCAC